AGCUCCUCGGGGGCGGUGGCAAGGCGAAGGGCAGCGGCGGAGGCGGCGGCGCGGCUGCUCUCUCAGCGGCAGCCCCUCGCCGCGGCUCCGCUGCUGGACGCGCCGGCGCCCGCCGAAGCGAGCGGAGCGAGGCCGUGCCUGCGCCCCUUGGCCCCGGCGCGGGCCUGGCGAGGCGGGGGGCGGCGGAGCGAAGCUGGCUGCGGAGCGAGGAGGCAGCCGCCGCCGGAGGGAUCCAGAAGAAAGGCUUUGUCUUGGAGCUAACUCCUGAGCAUUUUGAGAUCAUUCAUCAUGAAGUAUGUAGUACAGGAAUGGCUCAGAGUGACUACCUUGCUAUUCAUAGCUCAAGCAGUUUCUGCAAUGGUGCUUCCCAAUGCCACGCUCUUAGAGGAACUUUUGGAAAAGUACAUGGAUGAAGAUGGUGAGUGGUGGAUCGCCAAGCAGAGAGGGAAAAGGGCUAUCACAGACAGUGAUAUGCAGAGUAUCUUGGAUCUUCAUAAUAAAUUACGGGGUCAGGUGUAUCCACCAGCUUCCAAUAUGGAAUAUAUGACUUGGGACACAGAAUUGGAGAGAUCUGCAGAGUCAUGGGCUGAAACCUGUUUAUGGGAACAUGGGCCUGCAAGCCUUCUUCCAUCAAUUGGGCAGAAUUUGGGGGCACACUGGGGAAGGUACAGACCUCCAACAUUUCAUGUCCAAGCAUGGUAUGACGAAGUGAGAGAUUUCACGUAUCCCCAUCCUCAUGAAUGCAACCCAUAUUGUCCUUACAAAUGCUCUGGUCCUGUUUGUACACAUUACACACAGGUUGUUUGGGCUACAAGUAGCAGAAUUGGCUGUGCAAUUAAUUUGUGUCAUAACAUGAACAUCUGGGGACAGAUCUGGCCAAAAGCAGUCUAUCUUGUAUGCAAUUAUUCUCCUAAGGGUAACUGGUGGGGUCAUGCUCCUUAUAAGCCCGGCCGUCCUUGUUCCGCAUGUCCUCCUAGUUUUGGAGGAGGUUGCAGAGAAAAUCUUUGCUACAGAGAGGAUUCAGAAAGGCCUUAUUCUCCUCAUGAACCAGAAGAGGAAACCAAUGAGAUUGAACGGCAGCGAUCCAAAGCCCAGGAUGCAACGUCGCAAAGCCGGCCAAGAACUCAUUCACCUUCAGGCUCCACAGACACUGAUGACAGUGAGAAAAAUGAAGUAAUAAGCACGCAGCAAAUGUCUCAGAUUGUUUCAUGUGAAGUAAGGCUAAGAGAUCAGUGCAAAGGAACAACUUGCAACAGGUAUGAAUGUCCUGCUGGCUGUUUGGAUAGCAAAGCCAAAGUUAUUGGAAGUGUACAUUAUGAAAUGCAAUCCAGUAUUUGUAAAGCUGCCAUACAUUAUGGCAUCCUAGACAAUGAAGGUGGUUGGGUUGAUGUCACUAGGCAAGGAAGGAAAAAUUACUUUAUCAAGUCUUAUAGAAAUGGCAUUCAAUCAAUUGGAAAAUAUCAAUCUGCUAACUCCUUCACUGUCUCUAAAGUAACAGUUCAAGCUAUCACCUGUGAAACAACAGUGGAACAACUAUGCCCAUUUCAAAAACCGGCCUCACACUGUCCAAGGGUGUAUUGUCCUCACAACUGUAUGCAGGCAAAUCCACACUAUGCUCGUGUAAUUGGAACACGAAUUUAUUCUGAUACCCUGAUGCAACCAUAUCUUCUGUCAGAUGGACUGCAAUUUCAAAUACAUCUGCUGUGACAAGUGAGCAAAUGAAUUCUCUGUAUCUAUAAACAAUACUGUCUGUGAAUACUCAAACAAUGAAAAACUAAAAAAGGACACACUUAUUAAAUUGAUUGUUUUCUAUAAAUACUUCACCUAAAACUAGUUCAGUAAUAUAUUACAAUGCACAAAAUACCGAAUCAUAUUAUUUAAUGAUGAUUUCCAUUAAAAGUAUCUUAGUUUUAUAAUAAUUAAAAUCAUAGAGUCAUAGAGUGUCUUGGGUUGGAAGGGAACUCUAAAGAUCAUUUAGUCCAUUCCCCCUACAAGAUCUACGUGGUUGAUUUCUUGAAACAGAUGGGGUUUUUGUGGCAUUCCUGCAAAUUGCUUUGUUUGAAGAAUGCCUAUGUGUGUAUGUGGAUAUAUGCAUAUAUGCAUGUAAUUAUUUAUUUUCACUAGAGCUUAGGCUACCUGGAUUCAGUAAAUAAAUUUUGCAAAGGUAAAAAAAAAAAUAAGAAUAUAACAUUAAUAGGUGUCACUAAUGCAGAAAAAUAUGUUUUAAGAUAACAUUUUUGUAGUAUUCAUGAGAAUGAGAAGCUAGUUGUUUUUUUCUGAAUAGAGCUGUAAUAGUCUGAAUAAGAACUGUAGUAUGUGUCAUUCUCAGCAGACAGAAGUACAAAUUACUUAUUCUUCAUCUGGCCCAAACACAUUUCCACCUUUGCAAUUUGUGUCCCUGCUUGCGCCACUGCUAAGAGUUUCCACAUGGCAAUGUUUUGUCUUAUAGGGAGACCAGGAAAAAAACAAAGUUUGCUCCAAGCUUGUGCUGAAGAGCUGGUUCUACCUUUCAACUUUGGUUAAUCCAUUUAAUCUAAAACUUCUUGAGUCUUACUUCUGGAGUUUCAGAACUGUGUUGUAACAAGCAUUUUAAGAAAAUCUGUUUGUUUAAUGCACUUUUCAAUAUGACCUCAUUUGUGAAAUAAAAACCUGCCCAAGAACUGAAACAUGUUAAGCCUGAUGUGAUUAAACUCUUGUUGGAGAGAAUCUUGCAGCACCUGCCUAUGCCAAAAUAACAAACAUUUAUAUAAAGAGAAGGAGAGGCUACAAUAGUUCAGUUGAAAAUCCAUUCACUUGCAGAUUUUUUUGGUAAAAUUUUAUUUUAAUGUACACACCCUAGGUUUUUAUAUGGUAGAAUUUCUUAACCACAUUCCAGGUGGCUUAUAAGAAUUUCUAAAGUUAAGUUUAUAUUUAUCCUGAUAUUUUCACAGUGGGCAACAUUUCCCCAAAGACAAUCUCUUACUGGUAGUGACUAUAUGAUGGAUGUUAAUUUGAGCAAUUCUACAAAAAAAAAUUGAGCCUCCUUUUGGGGACUAGAGAUCAAUGUCUUUUAUCUAAAGAAUUCGAAGGAUUUGUAUAAUUUCCUACCAUUUGAGGACUUCGGCCAUAUUUUUUUCAGUAACUAUAUAUGAAAAUAUUUCCUUAAUACUUGUGCAAAAGUAUUGAUAAUUCUCUGCCAUGGCAAGGUAUAAACAAUAGGAUGUAAAUAAGAUAAUAAAAGACUUCUGUAGUCCUGUGAUGGUGAGUGAGUGGUUAAAAUUCCUUUGCAGAGUACUUCUGUGCUAUGAUAGGUAUUUGGUAUUUUGCUGAGUAGCUGAAGAAAGAAGAUAAUUAAGCAGCUUGGUAUUCAGAUUCUAUGACCUGUUAAAUACUAACAAAUUUUACACAGCAAUAAAGCAGGGUCAUAUAAUGCUAUAUGAAAUGUUUAUGUUAACUUGAAAAUACUGCCUUAUGUAUCCUUUGGAGUUUGUAAAAAUGAAUGAAAGAAAUCCAAAUGUCUGAUUAAGACUUCCGGAAAGUGGCAUAAGGCUGGUACUGUAAAAUUAACUUACCAAUAUUUAGUGGUAAACCUAAGUGUGCAGUCCUGCUCUACUUAAAUUAACAGGAGGUUCAGCUCAACAAUUCAAGGAAGUGUGAUCAGGAUGACAUAAUAUUAUUCAGUAUAAGAAAUAUUAUGACAUCAGUACUGGAAUGUGAUUCCAUUUAGAUGAGGAUUGCCAAGCCAAUGAGAAGCUCUUCAAAGCUCAAAGCAGAUAAUACUUUCUAAAAAAUAUAUAUUCUGUAUAUAUUGAUAGAACUGUAUGCACUUAUUAAUCUUUAUUCUUACAGGUUAGUCUAUAUUUAUGGAUAUAUACCCCUUUAAUUGUUCAAAUAUUCAAAAAGUAUGCACAUUUUUUCUCCAAUGUCAUCUGGAAAGCAGCAUCAGAGUUGGUCUAAUAAACUGCAUUCUUUCCACUUCUCCUUUUUCACAUAUUUCAUGUGUCUACCAUUUAACUAUAGAGUGUUGUGUAUUAGACUAGCCAUACUUCAUUGAUCCAGUAACCCUAAUGAAGACUCCGUCCUUUACUGGAAAUAGCUUCCAACAAAAAGUCAAUCAGCCUUCUGUGAAAAUCUCCAUCGUUUUACUUUCCCUUUUUUGUUCACUUGACCAGAAACUUCUAAAUAAUACUGGAACAGCCGGUAUCUUAGCUAACAUCAAAUGCAAUUAUAAAGGUAUCUACCUAUACACUGGCUACAUAAAAUUGGUUAAUAUUAUAGAGGUGACAAACUUUGAUCUUUCUUUUAUCCUCUAACAUUUUAUAUAUCUACAGUGUCAACUGAAAACAAACUUGCUACUAUUUGGUAGUCCUGUUAACUAAUACUGUUCUUAUAGUUCUUCACUGUUGUUAAUUGCUUGUGAAUCUGAACUUCGAUUGUUUAGACUUUAAUCCUGUAUUGCAGAGACCAUUUUCCCCCCUCUCUAUUUGAAAUUGCAUAUGAUCAAUCUGGCUUAAGUUACUUGGAUAAUAUAAGUACAGAAAGGACUUAUGUAAUCCUGAAAAUCAGGUGACUUUGGGUGUUUAGGAUAUAACAAAAGUCUUGUAGCCCUGGGAAGAGGAGAAAAAGAACAUAGAAGCAUAAAUGAUAUCCCUUCUGGCAUGUUCAAAAACUGCGGCCAGCAGUGUGAAGAGAAAAACACUAAAGUGUCUUAGCAGAAGAUUCUUUGCAUAAACAAUUUUAAAACCUUGCUCCUAGAUACAUUUUAACAUCAAAAGGCAAACUAUAUAACAGUGAACCUGCCAAGUUUUGUGCUUGGAAUGAAUGUAGGAAAAUCAUUGCUAUUUUAAAUUCCUCAUUUUAUAUAGCAUUAAGAUUACAAAAUAGCUAUGGUAACAGAUACAAAUUAUUCUAAUUAUAACUGGAAGAAAUGCAAUUCUUGUUUAAAUAGUGGUCUGUGUGACCAGCUAUUGAUAUUUAUGUUGGCUAACAUUUUAAGGUUGCUUAAGGAGAGACCUUUUGCUGCAAAGGCUUUUUCCACAAAACAUCUUGGCUUCAAGUGGAGAUUCACUCACUGUAGAUGGAGCUACACUUUACCGUCCUGUAUAUUGAAGACUGAAACCUACAUUCUGGAGUAUCUAAGAAGUUUCAUUCCUCUGACAAUUAAUUUUUAAAAUGCUGAAAGAGUAGUCGGGGGCUUGCAAGUUAAAUCAAUUAUUUAAAUGAACAUUGUCAAGAUUGUCACUGAGCAAUUCUUCUGUGAAUGUUUUUUAUACUACAUUGGUUCAUGAGAGGUGUUAGUGGCCAGAGAAUGUACAUUUCACUCAGAUGAAACUGCUGUUAACUUCACAAAGUUGCCUGUGUAAGGUGUGUGGAGUUAGACCCUGAUUUUAAAUGUUUUCUUUUGAAGCAAUUUUGAUGUAUUUACCUCCUGACUCUUAUUUUCUCACUCAGUUAAGGAGCUAAAGCUACUAAUCUGCCUUUAAUCAACUGCCAUAGCUAAGGGAUGAUUUUAGACAUCUCUCUUCUGUUUGAUGCUCAGAUUAAACACUUAAUCUAAUUACCUUUCAAUAUUUGCCCAUUCCUGAAUAGGAAUUGGUGUUGUUCCCUUUGAAUAUGGAUCCUUUCACUACUGUUUGAGGUUUUGCACCUAGGGAUGGGAUUAUUGCAGUCUAUCCCCCACCUUUGGGGUAGGACAUCCUCUUAGAAACAUAUGACUGCAUUGUCACUUUGCUGUUCUAUUGUUCCCCUUUUUGGCUGUGGCUGGGGAUUAAACUGAAUCUCCUUAUCUAUAAUAAUUAAUGAGACUAAAAUUUGAGUUUUACUAGCGCUUUGCUGUUGAAGUGAAGGCUACUAGAGCCUUUUAUUUUGUAAGACUCAUGAAUUCAAACAUAUGACUGAGCCUUGAACUGAAAUAGCCUGAAAUAAAUGACUUAGGGGUCAUGCUGCAGGAGACCUUUGCAGAGGCAGUGUCAGUACUGUUUUAAUUGGCCUAUUUCCUAUGAAACUGAUUUAGAUACUCUAAGAUUAAUAAAAUUAGUCACACAAUAAAUAGAAUUCUUUUACGUUUGCUAGAACUUGAUUUAAAUGUCGUGAUUAGUUUUCUUCUAAACAAUUUUGAAACACAAGGAUGAAUGAAAACUAAUCUUCUCCUCAUUCUU